AUGGGAAAGAGAAAGUCCUCGGCCAAGAAACCGGUCAAAAAAAUCAAACAAACGCUUGAUACACAAUUCACAUGUUUAUUUUGUAAUCAUGAAAAAUCAGUCAUUUGUACUAUAGAUAAGAAAAACUUGCUUGGAGAAUUACACUGUAAGAUUUGUGGACAAAGUUUCCAGACCGCUAUACAUUCCCUAUCCCAACCGGUUGACAUAUAUUCCGAUUGGAUUGAUGCAUGUGAAGAUUUAGCUGAAGAAAUUGAUCAACAAGGUGGGGAACCUGGUGAAGGUGAGGCUGGAGAAGGUGAUGAUGUUUAUUCUGAUGAUGAGUAUGAUACAAAGGCUAAAAUUAAGAGAAUGGACUCCGAGGACGAAUACUAG